CUUCGUCCGCCGGGCAUCGUCCCCCCUCGUGCCCAUGCCGCGCCCGCGUUGAUUCCCAAGCCGAAACUUCUUUGAUCAGCGUUGUCGCCCGGGGGGAUGUCUCAUCGACUUCUUCAUCAGCAGCUUCAGCAAGCAGGCAAAGCGUUUCGGCCGGCUUACUACGGCUGCGUCUUCUCCUCGGGACCGGCCACGGGGGGGCCAAGGCUGGGGGAUCGAGUCGAUGGGAUGAACCAGGUUGGGGAAAUACCCAUCAACGACAACGCGAAACACGAACCACAAAGACGAAACACUUAUACGAAACAUAACCUAUCACUAGCAUACCACUGCGCCACUGCCACAUCUAACCUCUCAACCAUACACUCUCGCAACGAUGCCUCACCAACACGUUCACAACCUCACCCCUUACCCACACUCGGCAGAAGGGUCGGCCUUCCCCUUCCCGACCAUCCCGGCUAAACAAAGCCCGAUGCAACUACAACCUCAACGCACCCCAUCGUCAUCCAGCUCGACCUCGUCUUCGUACGCAUCCUUCAGGUACCCCACCCCUCACGCCCAGUCGUACCCUUCGGCCUCUUUCCCCCUCAAACUCUCUACGAUCCACAGCCCCGUCCCGCCCUCUCUGUUACAGCGACGUCGAUCGUCAUGCUGCACCGUCUCCUCGAUGGACAGUCUGGCCAGCGCAUCGACGACUUCGACGUCUUCUUGGGGCAACUGGUCGGUAGACUCUCCCGUACCGGGGUUGAGCAGGAGCGGGUCUUCUUCUAGCAGGACCGGAGCUGGAGUUGGCGAGGAUCUGAAGACUCCGGAGACGGUGCUCUUCGGGGAUUUCGAGGACGAGAUCUCUCACAACGUCAAGCUCAACGCUGAGCAGCGACAGGAGGAGCAUGAAGAAGAAGAAGAAGAUUUUGCGCACUCGCACUCUCACCUCCUCGUCUCCGCUAUGAAGACGAAGAAAUCGACGAUGGCGAGGCCGAGGUUGUUCGUCAAGCUCGCAGAACCCGAGCAGAAGACGAGCCCGAGGUUGCAGAGGACGCAGACGCCGUUGGAGCUCUGGACGAUGCGAUCCCAGCGCUCGGCACCGGUGCAUGAGGAGGAGAUGGAGAUGGAGAUGAAGGAGGAGGAUAUCACGGCAAUCAAAGCAACUACCCGCACUACCAAAGCCACCUCGACGACUACGCCUACGCGCCCAAAGCUGGAGAGAAAACUCACUCCUCACCCAGCUACCGGGCCCGCUAGCACCCAACACCUCAAAGGCGCUUUCCCUUCAACGACGUCGGGUUCAGACUUUGCUUUCGAGGGACUGGUGUUGAACGAGGUUGACGAGGACGAACAGGCAGAGUCAUCAGAGGAAAGGGCCGAGGAUGAGGAGGAGGAGAAAUCGACCCGACCGUCAAACCUUUGGAACAUCUCCCUCCCGCCCGCUACGCGCGGCCGACCGAUCCAUAGGAUGGCGCUGGGACGCCGGUUUAGCAGCGUGAUCGAGGAAGGCAAGGUCUGGCUGGCCGUCUAGGUUCAGGUCCAGGUCUUGUGUUUAGGUUCAGGACUGCAGGGGAGGACUGUAGGGACGAAAAGGUUUAAAUACAGGGGGUUAUGGACGAUGACGAUUAUAAUUCGAGUUAGACAGGAGAAAAGUACGACUAUGUUUACGAAGACGUGUAUGAAGGGUCUAGACAAGACUUGUGUACUCUUACGUUGUAUACAAAAUUUUCAAGGUGAUAUGAUCUAUAUUUACGAUGAUGCGAAUAUGCGAAGCGAC